UAUAGGUCACAGUAGACUAUUGUAAUGUGGCUAGUUCGCAAAGAAUAGCUCUCCUAUAUUCUUUUAUGGGGAAGCAUCAGUAUACGAAAGGGAUAGUCUUCUUCAGUUCUUGUGACUCAGUCAAAUUCCACUCUGACCUUCUUCGAUCCCUUAAUGCGAAUUGCUUUGGUGUCCAUGAAAAGCAAACGCAGCAGGAGAGGACAACUACUUUUUUUGACUUCUGCAAAGCAGAGAAAGGGUUCUUACUUUGUACUAACGUUGCUGCAUGUGGACUGGAUAUUCCUGCAGUGGACUGGAUUUUGCAGUUUGAUCCUCCAGAUGACCUCAUGGAAUACCUACGCGGUGUUGUUCGAAGAGCUCGAGGGGAAUGCGAAGUAGGAAAGGAAUUCCUUUUCCUCAUUCCUGAAGAGAUGCGAAUUAUACGCUUUUUGGAGGCCGCCAAUAUCUUCCUUCGAUCUCGGGUAUUUAAGGUGAAUAGAAAAGUGCAGGCUCAACUGGAGAAGACGGUUGGGGACAACUACCACCUGCGCAAAUCAGCAAAAGAAGCGUAUGAAUCGUAUCUAAUAGCAUAUAAUUCACACUCCAUGAAGGACUAUUUUAAUUUCGACCGGCUCGAUUUGCAGGGCGUUGCAGCUUCGUUUUGCGUUUCGAUACGCACACGCCAGAGGUGAAUUUCAAGUUAGACGGUAGUGCAUUAGAGUUGAGGAAGAAAUGCUCAAAAGUAGAAGGGAAAUUGAAAUGGAUUCGAUGAGACUCAACAUAUACAUCUCUAUCAAAUAUUCUUCAAAUAACUAUUUUAGCUUUCCUCCAGAACUUACAAAUAUUUUUAUCAUAUAUCAAAUUUAAUUUUCAUUUAUUCUUUGUGACUAUGACCCAUAUGGUUGAAGUUAGGAUGAUUAGUACAGCAGUCAUCCAAACAAUCCAAACAAUAAAUGAAUGAAGAAGGCGAUCAUGUUAUUUGGCUGUUGUAAGGAAGAAAACUAUGCCUAACGUAUAAAAAUGAGUAAUGCUAGGAAGACCAAAUGUUUACAAUAAAUUCUGUAAACCAAAUGACGUAGUUGUUAAUUGAAUUAUAAGUGUUGAUUAUGUGUUUAUUUUCUAUUAGUGAGCAUUCUCCAACGUUUAAGUGGAGUAGUAGAACUCAAUAUUAGUUGAGUGGAGAUAUUGGAGAAUAUUAAAAAUUUGGGCUACAUCAAGCAUAGGUAAGUUGUAUUCCACAUGCUGGAAUACAAAAGUUUAUGCAACACUUUGCACGAAGAGGUUUAGCAAUGGUUAUCCUAACGUUGAUUGUAGUAUCAGUUAUCAGUUUUAUCAUUGACAGUGGCUUAUCUUUAGAGUUUUCUUAACAUUUGUUGUUUGCAG